AUGGCUGGGUUGGAUAAAACCACAUUGACCAAAAUGGUUUGUGUAUCUAGAAGCAUGAAUAGGAGAGAAAUAUUCAUGGACAUUAUAAGACAAUUUACCAAGCAAACCAAUGAUUACAAGAACAUGUCAGAGGAAGAAUUAGGUGAAAAAAUCAAGGAAUUUUUGAAGGAUGAGAAGUAUUUAAUUGUGAUGGAUGAUGUUUGGCACGUGGAAGACUUGGAGCUUUUGAAAAUUGUUUUUCCUAAUAACCAGAAUGGGAGUAGAGUAUUGGUUACAACACGUGAUUUUGAGGUGGCUAGACAUGCUGAUUCUUAUGGCAAGCCACAUGCCUUGAGAUUUUUGGAGAGUCAGGAAAGUUUUGAGUUAUUAAAAAUGAAAGUUUUCCGCAAGCAAAGAUUCCCUGCGCAUCUUGAACUCAUGGGGAGAAUCAUUGCACAAAAAUGCUAUGGGUUACCGUUAGCAGUAUUGGUUAUCGCUGGUGUCCUUGAUAAAGAAAGACAGAGCUGCAUCCUGGGAAGAAGUGGCGGCCGAAAAUCCUAUACCAAUACUCAAUCGCGAAAACCAAAGCUACAAUGA